GUGAAGUAGCGUCAAAACUCAAAACAUGAAACUGUCACUUGUCAAGCGACCGAUGUGAUAAGAUACGUCAAAAAUUCCUUGAUUUUUUUUGUUUUCCUAAUAUUUUGAUAAUAUACUAUUUACGCUACUGAAUUCAAAACUAAUUUACAUUUUCCGCGUUGCUCGUCGACCUAUUGACUUUGAGUUGCACACGGAGUUGCGUAUGAUGCUUUCUGAUAUGCAGCCGUUCACAGCUUUUAUGAAUGUCGAGAGCACCCGCUCUUAUAUGGACGAUUUAUAUUCCCAGGAUCCUAAUAAAUGCUUAUCAUCGAUAAUAUGCAUCAAGAACUCCGUCAUAGGAUCAAAUCGCCAAAAAGAAAGCGUAAUAGCCCAGGGCAUAGUUCCACGUCUCAUAGCACUGUUGAAGGAUAAAGAAAUGAAGUCCGAAGUUCGGAUAGAAGCUGCGGUGACCAUUGGCUCUCUUGCCAAAGGUACAGAAGACCAUAUUGAACUUCUAAUAAACUCUGGAAUAACACAAGUUUUGUUGGAGCUUUUGGAUGAAUCAGAGGCGAGAUUGAUAGACUCUUGUCUAUGCUGUUUGCGCACUCUUUCACACAACUCCAAGAUCACUGAAACAAACUACACACCCCAACACUUGACCAAAUUGUUGGCUUAUGCUGGUGCUAGAGAAAGUCUGCAGCGCCAAUCAUGUGUAGCAAGUAUCUUAAGUGCAAUAUGCAAAGGUACAUCAGAACAAAAUGCUCUAUGCUCUGUUGGAGCUCCAGCAGUUCUGGCUGCCUUAUUGUCAGUCCAAAAUUAUUCUGUAAGAAUACCAGUCGUAACGUGCUUGGCUACUAUGUGUUUCAACAACUCUGCAGUUGCAUUAGAGAUAGUGCACACCUCGUGCAAAGAUAUAAAGGUACCUAAUUAUCUGGCUACUUUGAUAUCAAGAGAUAGGCCGAUUGAGAUGCAACUUGAGGCAGCCAAAUGUCUCACCAAUCUGCAUAGAGCUGGAGCAAUACCAGCUUAUGAUCCAAUUAUCACUUACAGGACCUUGCCUUGUUUGGUUCGACUAUGUCAGGUGGAGCAUUCCAAAAUGCACAGAGCUAUAGCAGCAGACACUUUAGCAUAUCUAACUGAAGUUGAUAGCAAUCUGCAACAGGUUGCAGCUAUUAGUAACCAGUUGGUCAGUGCUUUAGUUGAUCUGCUCAAGUGUCCUUCAGUUGAAGCCAGGAGAGCUGCCUUCAGGGCUUUUGCAUCUCUAGCAGCUAACGAUGAAGAUAUUAGAAAACGGAUAAUUGACACAAAAUGUCUAAUGGACAGGGUUGUAGAUGGUUUAGGUGAUGAUAAUAAGGAAAUAAGAUUGGCUGCAGUAAGGUGUUUGCACUCGCUAAGCCGUUCAGUCCAACAGCUAAGAACAACAUUUCAGGAUCAUUCUGUUUGGAGACCCCUGAUGGUACUUUUAACAGGUAUGUACAGAUUUGUAGUCUCCAUUUGAGAAAAUAUCCACAUUGAUAUCAAUUUUAUCUAUUCAGCAGUGUAUUUGUUAGCAAUAGAAAC